AUGUCUACAUCACAAACAGUCAGCGAAGGCAGCGAUGAGAUACAGGUUGUCCUGACCAAGCCUUUGUCAUUGGAGGGAGACGCUGAUGCUGAUUAUAAGGCUCCUAAUCUUGUCCAACGCGUUUUGAGUCUGUUUAGGAAUGUACGGCCAGGAUCAGAUCUCACCAACUUCCAGCUUACACCUCUAUUCAACAUUCCAAAGUCCCACCUCCAAUGUUUUGGUGAAUCGGCAUUCUGCUUUGGCAAGAAUUUGUUGCAGCAGAGCAAUAAUGCAGAGAGCUCAAUUGAAAGAUUCAUCUCAGUUGUAGCAUGGAGUAUAUCUACUACACGUCCUCCCACUUUUGGUCUUGCCCCUUACAACCCUAUUCUUGGAGAGACUCACCAUGUUUCCAGGGGAAGCCUCAAUGUUCUGCUUGAACAGGUUUCCCAUCACCCACCAGUUUCUGCCCUCCAUGCAACAGAUGAGAAAGAAAACCUUGAGUUCAUUUGGUGCCAACAUCCUGUUCCAAAGUUUUAUGGCACUAGAGUAGAAGCUGAGGUGCUUGGCAAAAGGCAACUUAAGCUUCUGAAUCAUGGAGAAACUUAUACGAUGAAUUCACCAAAGCUCAUGAUUAAAUUUCUUCCACCUAGGGUUGAUUGGAUUGGCAAGGUAAAAAUUUGCUGCCAGGAGACUGAUCUUGAAUCGGAGUUAUGCUACAUAACCAGUUCUCUUCUUGGACGUAGUGGACUCCAUUCUGUUAAAGGAAAGAUCUAUCAGUCUUCAUCUAUGAAGACCCUUUAUGAGGUUGAUGGACACUGGAACAGUACUGUGAAAGUGAAGGACAUAGAUAGUGGGAAGGAGACAAUUAUAUACGACGCAAAGGAAGUGUUUUCUGAGCUAAAGACUCCUAUCGUCAAAGAUUUGCAGGGAAUUUGGCCAACUGAAUCGGCCACAGUAUGGAGUGAGGUGAGCAAAGGCAUAAUAAGCAAAAACUGGGCUAAGGCAAGAGAAGCAAAGAGCAGUGUUGAGGAUAAGCAGAGAAAGCUUGCUAAAGAGAGGGACUCAAAAGGAGAAACUUGGGUUCCUAGUCAUUUUACUGUAUCUUAUAGCAAAGAAGAUGGUUGGGGCUGCUUACCUAUUCAAGAAAGAGUCCCACCAGCCCCCAUUGUUGUCCCUCUUUAA